AUGCAAGUACGAAAAAAUGAUACUUCUCGUAUUUAUGCUUUAAAAACUAUUAGAAAAGCUCAUAUUGUAUCUAGAUCCGAGGUUAAUCAUACUCUUGCUGAGCGAACUGUUCUAGCUCAAAUUAAUAAUCCAUUCAUUGUACCAUUAAAAUUUUCUUUUCAAAGCCCAGAAAAAUUAUAUUUGGUAUUGGCUUUUGUUAAUGGCGGUGAAUUAUUUCAUCAUUUACAACGUGAAGGUAGAUUCGAUGAAGAAAGAUCAAGAUUUUAUGCCGCUGAACUAUUAUGUGCUCUAGAAUGUUUACACGAUUUUAACGUUGUCUAUAGAGACUUAAAACCUGAAAAUAUUCUAUUAGAUUAUUCAGGUCAUAUUGCAUUAUGUGAUUUCGGUUUAUGUAAAUUGAAUAUGACCGAAUCAGAAACAACAAACACUUUUUGUGGGACACCAGAAUAUUUGGCCCCUGAACUUUUGGUCGGUCAAGGAUACACCAAGACUGUUGAUUGGUGGACUUUAGGGGUUCUAUUAUACGAGAUGUUAACGGGUCUGCCACCAUUCUACGAUGAUAAUGUAAAUGAAAUGUAUCGUAAAAUUUUACAGGAUGAACUUAGAUUCCCGGAAGAAGUAGGCACCCAGGCUAAAAAUCCAAAUAAUCGUCUUGGUAAUAACGGAGCUCAAGAAAUUAAAGAUCAUACAUUUUUUGCUUCAAUUGAUUGGAGAAAACUCAUGCAAAAGAAAGUUCAGCCUCCGUUCAAACCAAGUGUUGAAUCAGCAAUAGAUACUUCAAAUUUUGAUGAAGAAUUUACUUCAGAAACACCUCAAGAUUCUUUAGUUAAUGACUCACAUCUAUCAGAAACUGUACAACAACAAUUUGCUGGAUUCACGUAUAAUCCUGCACAUGAAGGUGUUAUGAGUGGUAGUAUGGCUAAUUCAGAUUGA